AUGUAUAUCCCUAGACAACGACAGGACUCUCUGCUAUUCGAAGGGCCGCCUUCGUUUCAAUUCACAGACGUCGCUCAACAACCUUUCGAAUCGACCCUGUACCAACGAGGACCCAGGUCGAAAACGAACGAGACCUCCUCCAGCACAAACGAAAUGCCCGGCUCGGCAGCAUUCGUCGCCGUGACAGUGACGUGCUUAUUCUUCUUAGCGCUUAUUUUGGGCAUUGCCAUGUACAAAAAGUUCAAUUGCGGAGACGACGACGACUCCGACUCCAGCUCGUCCAUCUCAGACUCUGGCGCCUGGCGCAUCGAAGACCCAGAAUCCGCUGCCGCCACCAUCGCAGCCAGACAUCGCAAAAGGCUAAAGAAACUCGAACAAGUUGCGCCCGCCCAAUCGCUCGGGGAAUGGCGUGCCGAGAAACUGACCACACACGUCCAAACAUUUGCGACCAUCACCACCAAACUGAUCUGA